AUGAGCCGAAGACCAAGGCCCAGUCUGCAGGACCUCCAGUGGGAACGCACAUUGCUGCUGGAGAAGGCUGAGGGAUACGGAUCUCGAGCAGGUGGGGAGGUCUCGCACGUUGGGUGGCGUUCUGUGGGGAGCCUGAAGACGGAAUGGGAUUUUCACAUAGGAGAUGCAGCAAAUAAAAUGUACCUCCUGAGAGCAGGUGUUCUCCGGGCUCCAAGGAAAGAUCAAAAGAAAGCUCAGGUUCAGGAGAUUCUUAAUUUCAUGUUCAGUCCAGUUCUGCCUUCCCUAAGAAAUACCCUUUUCUAUCGCCUUUCGUUUUGGUUGCCAUAUCUUCUUUUGGCCAGUCCAAAGCCAAUCCUUUGCCAGCCUUCAACUAAUAUUAUGUUCCUGAAGACCCACAAAACCGGCAGCAGUACGAUUCUGAACGUCCUCUUCCGCUUUGCAGAGAAGAGGAACCUCACUGUCGCUCUACCAAUAGGCAAAAAGUUCAGUUUCGGCUACCCCUCCCCAUUCCUGGUUAAUUAUGUGGAGGAUUUUCAAACCACUGGGCCAAACCACAACAUCAUGGGAAAUCACCUGAGGUUCAACUUUCCUGAGGUCCAAAAAAUAAUGCCUCGCAAUACCUUCUUCUUUUCCAUCCUGCGGAACCCUAUUUCCUUGCUGGAAUCCUCCUACGUCUAUUUCAGAUUUGCAGGCGCCUUCAAGAGAACCAAGACCCUGGAUGAAUUUCUGGCCUCCCCACUAAGUUACUAUAACCCAAGAAGAGACAUAGGCAACAUGGUUGCGAGAAAUUUCAUGUGGUUCGAUUUUGGCUACGAUAACGACGCCAAAGACACCGAAGGCUAUGUCCGCAGCAAAAUAGAAGAGAUUGAAGAGCGGUUCCAGCUGAUCCUCAUGGCGGAUUAUUUUGACGAGUCGAUGGUCCUCCUGAAAAACACACUCUGCUGGGACCUGGAUGACGUGGUCUACUUCAAGCUGAAUUCCAGAAGUCGGGACUCCAUCCAGACCCUGAGUCGGGAGAGUCGGGAGAAGGUGAAGGCCUGGUGCUCCCUGGACUGGCAGCUCUACCGCCACUUCAACGAGACGUUCUGGAGGAAGAUCGAGUCCACCAUCGGGCUGACGGACUUGGUCAGGGAGGUGGAGCUCCUGAGAGAGAGGCAGAAAGAGCUCAUGGCGGUCUGUAUACAGGACAAGAAGGCUGUUGAGUGGUCCCAGAUCAAAGAGAGGCAGCUACAGCCUGUACAAUCAGGCCUGGCUCGAAUUCUCGGGUAUAAUCUCAAGCCUUACUUAGAUAAUGAGACCAGGAAGAAGUGCCAUAGGAUGAUCCUCCCUGAAUUUUCCCAUACAAACCUCAUGUACAAACGUCAGUUCCCACACAAAUCCCCCAAGAUCACAUAAAUAUUUCCUAUGUG